GUCUGGAGUCGCUUCGACGGAACCGCAAUGAAGAGAUAAAUAGAAGCCUUAUCUAUUUAUUUUAAAGUCUCAUUCAUUGACCAGUGAGAGGGGGCAGCAGGCCUGGGAAACUGCUAAUGCGCUCUUCUGCUUGGUAGGGCUGCCUAGAACAAGAAUGGAUGAGACCUGUCACUAGCACUUGAUGAAGAUUUGGAUUGACUCUUCAAACUGAACUAUGGAGGGCAGUGAUGAUGUGUCUGUGACCCUGACACAGUCCCAGACUGAAGUGUGCAGCGCUGAGGUGGGAGGAGGACAAAUCCCCGGGAAAGCGGAGGACGGAGCAAGUCCGCUGGUUCCUGCCGACUCAUGUGGCGCAACGGGAAUGAGCAAAGGAGGGCUGUCUGAGCUGGCGGAGCCUCCUGCGCCGUCAGUGGUGAGUCCCUCCGCCGAACCUCCGGGAGGUGUGGCGCUCAAAGUGGCCACAACUGUACUACACCCGGUGUGCCUGGGAGAGAGCCCGCUGAUGCUGCCCAUUCACCUCCAGAUGGCCGGAGCGGCCGGGCCUCAGCUCGGUCAGAUGGGGGCAGCGCCGUACUUGAUAACAAGCCAAAGCCCAGUUUCACUUCCCCUGGUCUUGGAUCAGCAGGUCAUCCAGCACAUGAGUCCCUCUGUGAUUCCUCAGACCACAAGCUGUCCUCAGCUGCCGCUCCAGAACAACGUCCUGUGUCAGAAUCCUUUGACGUUUGGUCUACCUCCGGCCGUCGAGCAGAAGUCAGCGGGACAAACGCAGGACGCCAACCUGCUCUCCCUCCUGCAGAAUCCGGCUUUUGCGGCCAUCCUGCAGGAUCUCUUCCCUUCCCAGGCAGGCUCAUCCAGCUGUCAGUCACCAGGCUCUACCUUCUUCCCCCUCCCUCCCCUCACGCCUCCCUACACCUCCCCUCUGGCCCCGUUAGUGCCGCCUGCCACUCUUCUAGUUCCCUACCCUGUCAUCAUCCCCCUGCCAGUGCCUCUGCCCGUCCCUCUUCCCAUCCCCAUUCCUGUCCCUCAGGCCGAGGACUCAAAGGGCAACAUGCCAAAACCAGUUUGCACUGUCAGUAAAAGCACUCAGACUUCUCCAAAAGAUACUACCUCUCCUUCGUUGUCUUCGAGCAGAUGCAUGCCAUCGUUCCAGCCACAAAAUGUGUCCCCGUCCUCAGUUCCUCUAGAUGAAGGACAAGCUUUGGACCUUUCUGUCAGAGCGUGUCCAGUUGAACUAAAACAGGAGUACCCCAGUCCACAGCAGGACAGUGUGCUCGACCUGUCAGUGCCUGGUGUGAGGAAAAAGUGCAUUCAGUCGGAGAGAGAAGUAGCCUUCCAUUCUGGUCCAGAUACCAGUGCUACCUCUUUGUCUCUGGGGGUUGAAUGCACUCAGAGUUUAGAUUCCAAACUCCUGGGCAGUCUGGCUUCUCUGGAGUUCAGCCGGCAGCACAAGUGGGUGGUUGACAGCAGUGCUGGCGGGUCCAGUUCUCGGAACCAGGAGGCGUCUAUCAGCGGAGCCGGAAACCUUGAGAUAGUCAGCACCUCGCAGACGGCCAAGGUCAUCGUUUCGGUGAAGGACGCCAUCCCUGCCAUCCUCUGCGGGAAGAUCAAAGGCCUAUCAGGAGUCUCCACCAAGAACUUUUCCAUCAAACGAGACGGCAGCCAGGCGGCGUCUCUGCAGCAGCUCUACGCAGUGCCGUCGGCGUCCCAGGGGGAGCAACACGACCCCAACAACCCGCUUAAGAAGGUCCCCAAGAACAGGGCUAUCAAACUGAAGAAAGUCAGCUCACAAGAGAUCCAUUUCCUUCCCAUGAAGAAGCAGAGACUCGCAGCGCUGCUGCCCAGGAAGUGAACGUGCUCGGAGGAGGGGGAUUAAUAGCGGGUCCGCUCUCUGGUAAUCCCUCCAGAGCGUGUAACAUAAAACACAUGUGGGGACAUUCAGUAAUCAAACUUACAAACUUACAUCUCCAAUCAAAGCUCAGAGUUUGGCUCCAAAUGUUGCAGAAAGUGAGGCUCAUGAAUGUCUGACAGUGUGACAGUAGUUACAGAAAGGCUUUCCAUUGGGCUCUUCUGAACUGCUGUGCUUUUUCAUAAUGCACUACUCUACGGUGUAAUGCUGAACCAGAAAUGUUUGUGUGUAUGGCAGCUUAACGGGCUCUCCAUGUGGCUUUGGAGAUUGCCGUAAUUAUAAAGUCAGAAAAUGUUCUUCAACAUCUCCGAUUCAUAAAGACAAAGACACAUGGGUUCCAUUUCUCCAUUUUGGAUCAUGGUUUGUUUCCACAUGUAAUUUUUUAUUGAAGUGCACUGAAGACCUAAAACCCCUGAUAGUUGAGGCUCUCACUGCUCCGAGCAGAGCAGUGUGUACUGGCAGGACGUGACUGAGACUGUUCAAACAUGUCCCAUCGUCGGAAAUUCCCAUAGUCAUCAGUAGCUCAGUGGGGCGAUUCAUUCUCCUCUGAUUGGUAGGGUUUAGCAUGACAGGCCAAUAAUGACUUGGCAGGGCCAGAGCCACAAUUUCAUUAUCUUGGCAACAGCCGUGGGUCGCGACAAAAUACAUUUUUAUUUUGUGUAACAGCAGGGAAAAAAGGGAUGUCUUAAUGGUUUUGUGCUUUUUAAACAGAACUUUCUACGUGCCUGUCCAAAUAUAAGGAAAGUAUUUCUGGAAAAGAGCUAUUUUUAUUGCUGGCUGAAUUAUCCCUUUUGAAUUCAUCAGCGCUUCAAAAUAAGAGCCAAAGCUGAGAAAACACUUCACAGCAAGUGUAUGAAACACGUGAACCUGCUGCUGUUUCCAUUGACAGACACAGUGAAUCUAGUUGGAGGUUUUAAUAUUAAUUCACCUGAUGAGUCAGCUGAGAAUGUGAAGCGGACGCAAGGUGAAUUUAACUGACUAAAGAAGAAAUAAUGAUUUUCUUGGCUUCAGUGAGAGAAAAUACCAUUCGUAUAUUUAGUUAUUAGUGUGUUAUUAGUGUUAUUAGAACCAGUAUUGGUACCCCCCCUCCUUUUUAUCAAACUUGUCGGUGUAAAGCAUUUGUUCCCAGUGGUUUGGUAUCAUCCUUAUUUUUUGUGGAAGAUUUCUGUCCCAUGAUUAUGAUCAGAGUUGUGAAUGUGAGAGUGUAGUCGUGUGUCAGGUUAUUUAUCCUAUUGAGUGCACUUUGUCAUAGUUUAGUUGGAAACAUUACAGGGUGUUACUGCCUAUUCUACUAAAACUGUGUUUCCCCUUUGUGAUUACAGCAUUUAUGAAAUCUGUGAUUUAUAGGCCAAGAACUAAUAACAGCCACAGACUGUCGGGGUGGAAAAUACCUAGUUCAGACUUUUUACCAGUUCUUUAUUUAUAUCGACGUACUCGAGCAACUCAUGUCUGCAGUCCAUUCAACACAGAGCUCUUUGAUUUAGUAGUUUGAACUGAUCACUUUGGUUGUACAGGAUUUAACCCUAAUUUAUUGUUUGUACAACUUUUAUUUAUACAGUGUGUAUAUAAACUGGAUGGUCAGUGAGGAGACAAAGUGUGACUGGGUAUAAAAAGACAGCUUCCUUUCUAACUGUCAGUCUCCUGAAGCACUUUUGACUUCCGAAAAAUCUCCUGUUAUUUUAAUUAAGAUGUCGGUGAAGAAACAGCAGUUGAAAUGCGCUGACAGUUAAAUGUUUGCUUACUGUACAGUAUGUGUGCUUUUUAUA